AUGAAUCCGUCAAUGUCACGCUGCAGGGAAGACACACCGAAAUCACCGGGACUGGUAUGCGGACUGACAUUGGAAGCUGUGGCGGACUCGUACGGCCCUCGUGCUGAAUCCUCUGGCCUCGAAAAAGCGUCCGCACUGACCGUUCUGGUGCUCAACCUAUUCGAUGUGGAUCCGCGGUAUCUUCUUUCUCCCUGCCAAGCACGCGAGAGCGGCCUGCCGAUUGCCGCCAGUCCUGUUCCUGCGCCAUCCCCGCAUAGCUUCAGGGGCGUGCCGGGACGAGCAACGAAUCGCAGCACUCUCGGCCGCACGACUGAAUGUUGCCAGACGCCUGAUGUUCUCCACGCAAAUGUUGUUGCUGCGAAUCGCUGGCUCUCAGCUACUGCGGAUUUUCUCCUCAGCAACAGUAGUCAGCAUGCUACAGCACCAAACCCUGCUGUACACUGCAAACGAAGCUGUUGUCCUCUGAGUUGCCAAAGGAAAAUGUCUUAUACACCCAUGCUGACGACGUACAGAAACACCGCCGAAUUGCAAGGCUGGCCUUGCUUGGACAGGCCAGUGGACCAAGCUUAA